AUGGUUGCGCCGGCUGACAUGCUUGGGAAUACUGUUAUGAUUGGACUCGAUGAUAUAUAUACAGCAGAAGAUAGUCCAUUUUAUGAACAAUUUUUACUGAAUCAGCAUCUUCUUCACUCGCAACAUGUACUUGAUUAUAUAGCAAAUGAGAAACGUAAAAAUGAAUUAAUAGGAUCUAAUCACGAUAUUCCAUUUGGUACGGAUGUAAUGGCACCUAUUACUCAAUAUUUUAAUAUGGAGUGGCCAGAAGGCGAAGAAACGUGGUUCAUUCAAGAUGGAUUGUCACAGCGGCAUGAAUUUUUUACAUCUGAGCAAGAAAUAGUGCCAAUCAAUUCAACGGUCAACACUGUAGAAGACUCGCUACAAGGAAUGCACUCUUCCUGUGAACAUGUCUCGUCAUCAAUCGUUCAACAAUCAAAUGAAAUAAUAUUGGUAUUGGAACGAAGUUUACCUAAGCAGGAAACGUCAAGACAGCAGAAUCGAUUAUUCAACGAUGAUGUAGCAAAAACACAAGGCUGUACUGAUUCUUAUUCUGAAUUUAUUCCGAGUGAUACUAUAAUCAUUCAAUUAAAAUCAAUUACAGCACCUUCAAAAUCUGCAUUUCAAUCAAAUAUUUGUCCAUUAUUUUCAAUUGUUAUCAAUUUCAUUACUUUUUUAUUUGUUAGUAUGGUAUUUGGUAAUAUCGACUUUGGUUUAAUUUUUUACAAUGAUAAAAAUACUUCACAAUUUCACAAUAAUAUGGUACUUUCUGGCAUAAAUCAUUUUGACUGGUUUAGAACUUUAGCGGUACCCUAG